ACUCAUCUGGAAAGUCCGCUGGAACCAGAAGCCGAUCCAUUUCUAAAAAAGCUGAAGAGGCUCAUUUUUGAAACAUUACCAACAUUCCUCGAUGCAUUUGAGAUGGCAGAGGAUAAUCCUCUAAAGAAUUAUGAUAUGCUUGAAGAGGAAUUUAUGAACGUGUACAUCCAUCCUGUCUUAAAGAAAGCGCUUGCGCGGUUUGCGGGAAAUCGCUAUGUCCCUGGUAACAAAGCAAUUAUCGCUUCUGGUUACAGGAAGUUGGUCACAAGGCAGAAAGGAAAUGCUGACCGCGCAGACGGAAUCGCCUAUACGUCUGACGAGAGUUCCUAUGAGAUCUCUGUUACAGAGGGUAGCAAACCAUAUCCUGUUGAUUAUAAAAAAGAGAUCUCAGACUAUAUUCAGAAUGGACGGGCAGGAAAAGAUUUGUUGAACUUUGUUGUCAUUUCGGAAGUGAAGUUAAAACGGAAGCUGCCAACGCAAUUUCGAAGCUAUAUGGUUCAGUGCUUUGGGCUGAAUCUCCGUUUUUAUUUCAUGGAUUACCUAG